AUGGCGGUAAUGCAAAUUGGCGCUAACCCUCAGAAAGCAAUCGAUAAAUCUUCGAAAGAGAAGGCACAGAAGAAAAAGAAAGAGAACACAAAACUGUCCAAAUUCAAUAAGGUCAAGAAUCAUGGCGCUCAGAAGAAUAAAGAAGAGUUUAUUCCAAUGGGAUCGUAUCCUCCAAACAAUAGACAGCUGAAACCGAUGAGGGACAGCCGAUAUUACACAAAAGAGACACUUUGUGCAUUUUGCGAUUUUUGCGAUGCCGUGGCCAAAAUCGCACGAGAUUUUUUCGAUUUUGCUGAGAAAACAACAAAUGUGGUGCUGGACUAUCUGUAUAUUGGUAAAUUAAAGCUUAUCAACACAGUCCAAUGCAAUGAUUUGGCGAAAGAAGAUGUGGAUAAAGUCAUUGAAGAUGAGAUUACGGAGAAACUGAGCGAGGACUUGGUGCAGAGUAUAGAGAAGAAGUUUCAUGUGGACUUAGAGAGAUCUGUGGAUAUGGUUCUCAUGAAGAUCAAACUGUUACUGCAAAAUGGUACUAAUCACAUUCAAGACAGACUUGCCGAUCUCCAAAACUUAUUGGAAACUAUCAAAAAAGAUGUGGACAAUGAGGUUGACGCAUGCCUCCUCGCUCGUCAAAAUGAGACUGCAGCGUUGGCGGAGAAGGCUCUUCAUCAGAUGGUAGUGUGUGGGUACGCUCUGAUUGGCCACGACCCGACGGAGGCGGUGAAGAAUGUUAUUCAAAUGAAGAACAUGAUCAAGGAAGGUUUGACGCCGAUUUAUGACCAAAAGCCGGAAAUCUACAAUCUCCUGAAGGUGUGCGGCCACGAGCACGACACCCUGAAGAAGGUCGUCAAGUGCGUCAUCUCCAAGUCGCCAGUCAUAAAGUCAGCCAUGAUGGACGUGACUAGCAAACUAAUACAAGGUGUGGUGGAACUGACGAAGCUGAUGGCCCACGGAGCCAUGCAUGAGGCGUGUCUCAUAGAAGUGGUGAAAUCUGUUGAAGACGAGGCGUUUGUCAUCGUAGAUAAAGUGAAAGGAUGCAGUUACGGAAAUAGUACAGAUGUUUUAAAUGAAACAGAGAAGUAUAUUAAAGAUAAUAAUGCCACCGUCCUUAAUCUAGAUGGUAAAGAUACUAGCAAUAACAAUGGUGUUCAAGAAAUAUUGAAAAAAAUGCUAACUCCGGGUGAUGCUAAUCUGAAGAAUGAACUUACUAAUCUUAAUGCAGAGCUGGGGUCAAUUGCAUCUAAUUUUAUUUCUAAAGAA